AUGUAUUGGCCCGCCUCGCGUACAAACGAUCACGCCGCGUCUUCGCUCGCGAAAGAGUUAAUACCUGCCGUGGGCCGAUCAUUGGUCCUCGUCUUUGGCUUUGUGGAUUGCUACAAAACCACUGGCUACGAGUUCAUCGAGAGCCUAUCACAGACGUCCGGGAGUAUGUUCUCUAGGCUUCUCUUCCAGCUCCUCGCGAUGGGCGCGCAGAUGCGUGGACUGUGCGACAGGACACCGCGCGCGUUCACUGACGAGGAUAAGGACGAGUUCUUGUGCGCGCUGGCACGGCAAUACGCGAAGAAGUUUACGGGAGAGCGUGCCCCCAGCGGCCCAUGGAUCGAGUUCAUGGACUGUAUGUACGGCCGGGCUGCGGUCCGGAUGCUGAACGCUUUCAAGAGAGUCAUCGACGAGACGGACCACCGCCCGCAGGACGCACGUUUCAGAAGCGCAGCGCGCCGGCUGAUGACGACACUCGCGCGGGACUCACGGAUGCUGCCAUCGGCUCUGCACAUCGAAGAGAGCAGAAUCACAUUCCCUUCGAGAAACCCAUUUGCGCCCGCUGCGGUCAAGGAUGCGAUGAGGGCCGGGAGCGGGAAGGACACCGGCACGUCUUCGAUCGUGUCGUUUGGCUCCAUGUCCUGUCAGAAAAGGAAGCGGAUCGAGGUCGCGAUCAAAGGUCUUACGAAGUCCUUGGGCGAGAAGAUCGUCGAAGACACGUACCUCGAGAUCAUCGCGGGCUGGACGCUGCGCCACGAACGGCUGCUGCCUACACUGGGUAUCGUGCAUUAUCUGGAAAUGCUCUCAAUCGUCAGCGAGCGUAUGGCCGGGGGCAACGUACGGAACUAUAUCAACACCUCGAAUGAUUUUGGACGGCUGCCAGAGGGUAAACGCAUUGCCAAGCUUAAUUUCUGGCUUAAGCAGGUAGCAGAGGGGCUCAAGUAUAUGCAUGACGAAGGCAUGGCCCACGGUGACUUGCGUGGAAAAAACAUCUUGAUAGACAGCGAGAGCGACCCGGGGUGCAACAGGAUUGUCAUUGCCGACUUUGGGCUGUCGCUUUACGUCGAGUCCAUCAGCCAGGCAUACAAGUCGACCCGGGUCGGCAACCCGCGAUACCUCGCGCCCGAGCUGCAACUACGGCAUAACGACGUAGACGACGCUGCCGAGAUACGUGCCCUAUUCAGUGGGCCUAAAUUUAGGAUAUCGCCCAGCAGUCGACAAAACGAGGCAUCCGACCUAUUCUCGUUUGCGAUGCUUUGUGUCGAACUCUACACUGGCCAGGAGCCAUUCGUAGCGUCGCACCCUAGUGCGGCGGACUGGCAGGUCUCGAACCUCAUCCUGCAAGGCAUGCGGCCGACGCCACUGCCGACGGCAAUUGCUGCGCAGCCAGGUUUGGUGCGUGCACUCGAGCGCUGCUGGCAGCAGAACCCGCUACACCGUGGAGAUGCGGCUGCUUUGCUCGCAGACAUCGGAAGCCUUGCCUAG